AUGGCAGCCUCGCUCCAAGCCGCGGCCACCUUGAUGCAGCCAGCCAAGAUCGGCGGCCGGGCGCCCUCCGCCUCGCUGCCGUCCCGCCCGUCCUCGCACCUCGCCAGGGCGUUCGGCGUCGACGCCGGCGCCGCCAGGAUCACGUGCUCCCUCCAGUCCGACUUCAGGGACGUCGCCAGCAAGUGCGUCGACGCCGCCAAGCUCGCCGGCUUCGCGCUCGCCACCUCGGCGCUCCUCGUCUCGGGCGCGAGCGCGGAGGGCACGCCCAAGAGGCUGACCUACGACGAGAUCCAGAGCAAGACGUACCUGGAGGUGAAGGGCACGGGCACGGCGAACCAGUGCCCGACCAUCGACGGCGGCGUGGAGGCGUUCCCGUUCAAGGUCGGCAAGUACCAGAUGAAGAAGCUGUGCCUGGAGCCGACGUCCUUCACCGUCAAGGCGGAGGGCAUCGCCAAGAACGCGCCGCCCGAGUUUCAGAAGACCAAGCUCAUGACCCGCCUCACCUACACGCUGGACGAGAUCGAGGGCCCGCUCGACGUCGGCUCCGACGGCACCCUCAAGUUCGAGGAGAAGGACGGCAUCGACUACGCCGCCGUCACCGUGCAGCUCCCGGGCGGCGAGCGCGUGCCGUUCCUCUUCACCGUCAAGCAGCUCGUCGCCACCGGCAAGCCCGAGAGCUUCGGCGGGCCCUUCCUCGUGCCCAGCUACCGUGGCUCCUCCUUCCUCGACCCCAAGGGCCGUGGUGGCUCCACCGGGUACGACAACGCCGUCGCGCUCCCCGCCGGAGGCAGAGGCGACGAGGAGGAGCUCCAGAAGGAGAACAUCAAGAACGCCGCCUCGUCGACCGGCAACAUCACGUUGAGCGUCACCAAGAGCAACCCAGAGACCGGCGAGGUCAUCGGCGUCUUCGAGAGCGUGCAGCCGUCGGACACCGACCUCGGCGCCAAGGCGCCCAAGGAUGUCAAGAUCCAGGGGAUCUGGUACGCGCAGCUCGAGUGA